AUGCCUCUUCAAACACAUCCAGAUUUAAUUAUUGUCAGUUUUGACUUAUAUAUUGAAGGUAAAGAUGAACCUCAAAUUAUUCCAGUUGAUGGUCAAGAUGAAAUUCAUAUAGCUGUACCAGGUGGAGUUAAAUAUUAUAUUAAAUUAAAUUUUAAAGUUAAAAAUAGAAAAUUAGAAGAUUUAAAUUAUAAACAAAUUGUUAAAAAAGGUGGUGUAACUAUAAGAACAAGAGAAGUUAAAUUAGGAUCUUAUGAACCAAGUGAAGAAAUUCGUUCAGUUGAUUUUCCAGAAGAUGAAACUCCAGGUGGUUGGUUAAUGAGAGGAACUUAUUAUGCUACUUCAUAUUAUACAGCAGGUAGUGAAACAUUAAUGGUUAGUGAUUGGACUUUAGAAAUUACAAAAUAG